AUGUAUCAACCACUCGCGCCUCCCAUCAAGCAGUACCUCGAGCGCGGUUACAACUCCUAUCUCGAUGAUAGCCUGAUCCGCGUCUACUUCCUCCAGCUUGUCACUCCAGUCGAAGCUGCAUCGACAUGCCAGCGCGCACACGACACUUACGCCCGAGACAUCCUUGGCUGUCCCGGCUCUGGAAUCGAAGCUCCAGAUCUAUUCAAAAUCUAUAACGCAGAACGCAAGAGUUUUUACAGUGUGGAAGAGUGUUGGGAAGAUUUCAAAAUUUUCUUGCAGUCCACGUGUUCAGAUCAGAACUGCCUAGAAAACCCAAUCGAGUUCCCGUUGGGCUUUGUUGUACUCACGGCUCCCGACAGCCAGAGAGCCACUUUGGUGUGCUGUUUCAAAGAAGACGAACAAUGGAAUGUUGGUUCUUGUCUGAUACCAAUCGACGCAGAAUUGGGGAUGCAAGCUCAGGCUUUCAAAUAUACGGAGGACGAGUUUGCGAAUAUCGCACGGCAUUAUGAGAACGAUUUACCACGCAGAAGCGCGUAG